AUGCUCACGCUGACCCAGACCACCCUUGCCCUCGGGCUCGCCUUGACCUCGACCUCGGCGCAGUCCAACCCAAUCUACGACAAAUGGUGCGGAAAAUACUAUCGAUACGGUGCUCCUACCACUGGCUACGAGAUCGGAUGGAAGUUCCCCUACCCAGCUCUGUCCGAUUCUCCUCUGCUUGACUUUCAAUGCACCCCCCGUAGCUCGUACUAUCUCGAAAAUGACGCUCAAUACGACCCUCCCAUGGUCAUCAUCGACGCCAACAUCACCAAUGACAUUGGUCAAGCCUGGAGCGGCACAUCAGGCGCGAAUCUGUCUGUCACCAUCUCUCUCGAUGGCCAAACCCUUGGCACUGGCAGCGUCUCGGCGGGUUCCAUGGGUACACUCAUCCCCAUCUCGCUCGACUCGCUCACGGCGCAGAUGACUCCGUACAACCUCACGUGCACGGCGACUCUCGACUCGACAACCUUCACGACGAGCCGAGCGCUCGCUUACAUGCCCCCUCCAUCCUAUGGCAAGACCUGUGGCUCAAAGAUCGACCGAUUGACCGGUGCGACCAUGGUCAGAAACGCCACCGCCGGGGAGCUGCAGUGGAAGAAGAUCUUCCCCGUGGGAUUCUUCGAUGAAAUCGGCCAAAACUCCACCGUCAACCCCGCCUUCACCCCUCUUGAACGACUCUACCAGGCUCACGCCAACGGCAUGAACUUUGUGCAUCUCCGUCCGCAGUACCCAUCGGUCGAAGGGAUCAACGAAUACCUGGACGUACUCGAAAGCCUCGGCAUGUACUUCACCGCCGAAGUGCUCGGAGGUGUCGGCAACAUGACCUACGUCCUCGACAUGCUGGAAAUCUUCCGUCCUCGAUCCAACCUCAUCGGCUACUACACCGGAGACGAGCUCGACGGUAGUGAUCCCGCGAACAAUGCCACAUCGGUCGCCUAUGAUUUCAUCUAUGAGAAUGACGGUUACCACCCCGUCCAGCUCACGCUCAACUGUCAAGAUUACAAGUUUAUCCAGUACGGUAUUCAAGGCGCGGAUCAGAUCGGCGUCGACCCUUACCCUGUCAACCUGAACGGUGCUUUCUCCCCGGUCUACUCGACGCCUGUGACCGACAUCUUUGGUGACUCGGGUUGCGACAACUGCGAGGGAUCCAUGUACGACAUUAUCAAUCGAGUGGACCAGACGAUUGACCGGGCCAGGCUGCUCGGUAUGUACAGGACAAAGCAGGUCGUCGGAACCCCUCAGGCCUUUGACGACUACAUGGAGACCUUCUGGCUCGCCCCACCCACCGGUGCCGAUGUUGCCGUCCAGAUGGUCGUCCAACUCAACCACGGUGUCUCGAUCAUCUCUCCGUUCGACGCUCCGGGAUCACCCGAAGCCGCCUUCACCAACGCCUCCCUCAUCGCCGCCCUCGUCACUGAGCACGCCUCCUUCUUCACCGACUUUGCAUACACCCGAAACACCAAUGUGACCACCACGUUGAUGUACCCUCAAGUGGAUGCGACGGAUAUCGCCUCAUGGAACAAUGGCACAGCCACGUUGUACGUCGCUGCCAACUUUAACAACUGGUGGGACCCACAGUUCGCCAAAACAUUCACCGUCGCACAACAGGGUGAGAUUCUCGCGGUGCCAUUUGGAAAUGUCACAGCCGUGAACGGGACAGCAGAGUUUAUCAUGCCGGGAAGGUCCAUUGCCGCGGUGGUGAUGAAGAACUAG